AUGGAGUUUACAUGGAGACAAACUGCUGACUCGGCAUAUUUUAUCUUUUUCCUGAAACAAGAGGGGCCCCCUUUUGCAAGUUGGCAACAGAAUCCCACCAAUCAGAGCCUGCCACCUGUCCAACCACCACAAACUCUUCAUUUCCUCUAUCCUGAAACUAAUUAUCAUCGUUCGAUGAUCCGAGUGCGGAAGUUUUGCUCGUGGCGAAAGUGUAGCCGUUUUGUGCAAGAGCAAAGGACGCGUUUUUACAUAAUUUGGAGGUGCUCCAUAAUCCUCAUCCGGUGGAAGUUCGAGGGCGUAAGGCUCGAACUAUCGAGAGGGUAA